GGUAGAAGCUGGCCUUAGCGCGCGCACCCACUUACUCGCAGGUGCAGCGUAGCUUCUUCCCCUGUCGACACUUGAAACUCUCGCACCGCUCCUAAAAACCCUAGAAAUCGCGGUUUCUUCAACCCACAAAUUUUGUACCUUUCCCUCUAAUUUCCCACAAAUCUUAAUUCGAAUUCUCGAAUUCACCAACAAAAUCAUUUUUAUUUUUCAAUUAGAAGGCAAAACGUUAUCAACUGAUUUUGUACAUUACUCGAUUGCUGUUUGAUCAAGCAAUAUACCCAAAAAUGGAUGAUAUUGAAGACGACGCAGGGUUUCCACCAAAAGCCCAUUCUUUCAAUCGCUCAAGAAAAUUGCCUGCAUAUUCUCUCUAUGAUCAAGAUUACGUCGUCGACGAUGAUGACGACGACGAAUUUGAUGAAGAUCAAGAUUCCGACGACAGCUAUAGCUCUAGAAGGUAUUCUCACAAUCUCGAUAAACAAAAUAAUGAUUUCGAUAGAUACCCAAAGAGGCAAAAGCUCAAAAGCUCCGUUUCCAAUUACGAAUUGGUUCCACGAAGUGGGAGAUUGUUGUCGUACGAGGAAGGCAAUUUCUCUCCGGAUUGGAGUGAGCACGAGAAAUUCGUCCUUUUGGAGGUUUGGGGAGAUAGGUUCUUGCAAUUGGGCAGGAAUAGCCUAAGAUCCGAGGACUGGGUCGAGGUAGCAGAGAAAGUGUCGGAGUCAUCAAAAAUCAAGAGAACAGAAACUCAGUGUAAACUAAUGAUGGAUGCUUUGAAGAGAAAAUAUAAAAAAGAGAAGGCAAAAGGUGUCAAUAAUAGCAAAUGGGCGUACUUUAGAAAAAUGGAUAUGCUAAUGAACCAAGAACUUGGAGGUGGUAGUGGGUUUAGUUUAGCUUGUGGUGUUGAUUCAGGAGAAUUUGUUUUUAUGGACACGCAUGUGUAUUUAGACCGUGCAAAUGGGAAUGAUGAGAUGCGAGAUAGUCCAUGUGAAUCAGAGAAUGAAGAGGAAGAAGAGGAGGGGGCAGGGAAUGGCGGAAGUGAUGGGGUGAAGGGGUUGAAAGUGUUGGCAGAUUCAGUGCAGAAGUUUGGGGAGAUAUAUGAGAAGAUAGAGAGUAGUAAGAGGGAACAGAUGAUGGAAUUGGAGAGGAUGAGAGUGGAAUUUCAGAGAGAGUUGGAGUUGCAGAAGAAGCAAAUUUUAGAGAGGGCGCAAGCAGAGAUUGCGAAAAUAAGGGAAGGAGAUGAUGAUGUAGAUGAGGAAGAGGAUACUGAUGAUGAAGAUGAUUCUGGAGAGGAUGUCAGUGAAUAAUGUAGGUAUCCAGGGAAUCGUUUGUGUCAGGUUUUUUGAAGUGGAACUCUUGGGAUUCCAAUGCUUGAAAAAAAAAAGGCAAAAAUAACUGAGUAUCACGAGUGUUAUAUGGAGAAAGGAAUUUCUCCAGCUCUUUUUAUACUUGGAGAGUGCCAAAAGGUGCUUAUAUCCUUGGAAUCCCAAGGAUUUAGUAAUUCGAGGGCAUGAUGGUUUUCUAUUGGCUACCUACGUUUUCUUUUGAUUGGGAAUCUAGUAACAGUCUUUCUCAAUCUGAUGUACUCUUUUGUAUUGUAUUUGUGUUGAAAUCAUAUCUUGGACAAUUAAGGUGUUAUGAUUAUGUAGCUUGUACAUUUAUCCUCUCGUCAACAACUGAAGUAGUAGUCUGAAUCUUGAAAAUAAAUUUGCUUUCUAGCGUUCA